CGGCUGAGUUCGGCCGGAGCGCAUGGCUCUGGAAGGCGCGGCCGAGAGUUUCCGCUGGGACCCGCCUUCUCCCCAACCCCCCAGCCCAGCCGAGUGGUAUUGCCAUGUUCUGUUCAGGAGUAUCAAGUUGGGCAGCUUUACUCUGUUGCAGAAGCUAGUAAAAAUGAGACUGGUGGUGGAGAAGGAAUUGAAGUCUUAAAGAAUGAGCCUUAUGAAAAGGAUGGAGAAAAGGGACAGUAUACACACAAAAUUUAUCACCUAAAGAGCAAAGUUCCUGCAUUUGUAAGAAUGAUUGCUCCUGAGGGAUCCUUGGUGUUUCACGAGAAGGCCUGGAAUGCGUAUCCCUACUGUAGAACAAUUGUCACGAAUGAAUACAUGAAAGAUGAUUUCUUCAUUAAAAUUGAAACAUGGCACAAACCAGACUUGGGAACAUUAGAAAAUGUACAUGGUUUAGAUCCAAAUACGUGGAAAACUGUUGAAAUUGUCCACAUAGAUAUUGCAGAUAGAAGUCAAGUUGAACCAGCAGACUACAAAGCUGAUGAAGACCCAGCAUUAUUCCAGUCAGUCAAGACCAAGCGAGGCCCUUUGGGACCCAACUGGAAGAAGGAACUGGCAAACAACCCUGACUGUCCUCAGAUGUGUGCCUAUAAGCUGGUGACCAUCAAAUUCAAGUGGUGGGGACUACAAAGCAAAGUAGAAAACUUCAUUCAGAAGCAAGAAAAAAGGAUAUUUACAAACUUUCAUCGCCAACUUUUUUGUUGGAUUGACAAAUGGAUCGAUCUGACAAUGGAAGACAUUAGGAGGAUGGAAGACGAAACUCAGAAAGAGCUAGAAACAAUGCGUAAGAAGGGUUCCGUCCGAGGCACGUCGGCUGCUGAUGUCUAGAUGAGUCCCCUGUAGGGUCAGAGAAAAUAUCAAACUGUUUACGUAAUCAAGGUCAAGUGAGGGGAACAAGUGCAGCCAGUGAUGAGUGAAGAAGAAUCUGACCAGUAUCUUGCAGUGUUGACGUUUCCCAGAUGCGUGCUUGUGAUGAUGUACACACAUGCACAGGUUCCCAACCACGUGUGUAUAUAUGUAUGUGUGCGUGUGUCUGUAGCUGUAUAUAAAACGCAUGUAGAGCUACAGAUUGAGAUACACACACUGUGUAUAUAUGUACAUACAGACAUACGGAAGGGAUUAGUACAAUUUCUCCAAAGUACUGUACCUAUCUUCAGCAAGAAUGCAAAAGAAAAUAUUUUCAAUAUAUAUACCUGGAACAGAUUUUAAUAAUUAUCAGAGUAAUACCAUUAAUGGAUAAAUUGACUGCAAUGUAAUACUAGCUGGGAUGUUUCAUAUAUGUCAAGUUGUGGACCAAUAUAUACAUAGUCUUCUAUUAUUUUUCUGUUCUUUUAGAUGUCUCUUUUAAAUUUUUAUUUUAGUCCCAUAUGCAGCAGACUCCCACAGAAAAAUUUCUUCAGAAUGUUUUGGUGUUCCAACAAAUCUGAAUGUAUUUAUAACUAUUUAUUUCUGGAUGGUCAUUCUCUUAAAGCCAAAUUUAAUAAUAUAUCUUAAGUAAGAGUAAAAUUACAGGCCAGUUUUUACUUGUUUUUCCUGAGAGGGAAAUCCUUUUAGAAAAAAUUUCUGGUUUUUAUUGGAUUUUUGUAUUUUAAAUUUCAAGUAUUUUUCUACAUCAAACCUAGCAAAAAUGGAGAUGAUGGUUUGUGAUUUCUAAUAAACACUAGGCAAUUUUCAAGUUCCUGUUAGGCAAACAAAGACAUUGACGAAAUUAAUCUUGAUAGUACAUUGUAGGCUAUGUAGAAAAAUUGGAAGGCUAGCACUUCUGUGGAGUCUCGUUUUCUGACAUGUUUUCUGGAAUUACAGCUUGGAAACUAUGCAAAUGGUCUAGAUUCCUCACAGCUUACACGUUAGAAUGUAGAUAGUGAUGACAUUUUGCUCUUUUCAUGUUGAAAUACUCUUCCUGGGGGGAGAGGCUGACUUGAGAUAGGAAUGCGAAAGGCCCGCCUUUGUGUAGUUUGUGGGCCUUGCCCAG